GAGGGGGAGAGGAGUAAUACUUGUAGUAGUAUUUGAUUGAAGACAUGCAUCGAUAGUGAGUGUGUUUUGUGUGUAUGUGUUGUCUAAUGUUAUCACACAUUGAUUGCUGAGUUGUCGCCUAAAUCAAGUGCUAAUCAUAACCAUCAUCACUACCACCACUACCACCACCAGCAUCGACACCAAACAUAUUGUCAGCCACGACAAGACAUUGAUUGUAUCAUAUCAUCUGCAGACACAGUCAUACCAUUUUGUCUUAUUUUGUUGUCCAUCAUAUCUAUAACGUCUUUUAAUCACCGGUUUUCAGUAUAGAAGACAUGAGUGGACAGUCAUUAUUACAAGAAAUGAACAGACAUUUUGCUCAAUCAAUGGCCACAAGACAACCAAAGAGUGAUAGUUAUCUUUCGACAAAAUGUUACCGUUUUAUCAAAUGUUUAGCAAAUAGUUUCUCACAAUUGACGGCUACCGGUGGCCAUCACCGCAAUAUUUAUCUAUUAUUUAUUUUAGUAAUUGUCUCAAUCACAUCCAUACCAACCAUUAACUGUCAUCCGAACGAUACAUUUAUUGAUAGCAACAAUGAUUUUAUAGCUAGAGAUACUGUCAAUUAUCCGGACAGCCGGUCCACUCUAGAAAGUGCCGGCGAUGAUGAAGACUUGUGGUCUCGUUUAGGUCGCCUCAAGUUUUUCCACGCAUGGGUUGCAUCGGUUUCGGUGAUCAUUGUGUCCGAAUUGGGGGACAAGACUUUCUUUAUUGCCGCCAUUAUGGCUAUGAGACACGCGAGGAGUACUGUAUUCUUAGCCGCAAUGUCUGCUAUUUUUGUUAUGAAUACAUUAGCCGUUUUACUAGGAAUGGCCACAACAGUUAUUCCCCGAUUUAUCACUCAUUAUGGAUCUAUUGUUUUGUUUGCACUUUUUGGCCUUAAGAUGCUUCACGAAGCCCAUUCCAUGUCCGAAGACGAAGGAAAAGAAGAGUACGAAGAAGUUCAGAAGUCACUCAGCAAACGAGAGACGGCUGAUAUUGAGUAUAAUAUGGUAUCGACAUCGAGUGAAGAUCCAGAGACUGGUGUCAUCAAAUCGAUAUCGUCGGUACCAUUUGUCACUCGUCUUCGUCGAAAACUAAUGCUUUACGUUUCACUCGUUUUCAUUGAGACUUUUACGAUGACAUUUCUGGCCGAAUGGGGUGACAGAAGUCAAAUUAGUACAAUUAUUUUGGCCGCACGGGAGGAUGUACUCGGGGUUACAAUCGGUGCACUUUGUGGUCACUGUAUUUGCACGGGUAUAGCCGUACUGGGAGGUCGUAUAAUAGCACAGAUGAUAUCUGUUAAAACUGUCACAUUUAUCGGUGGAAUUGUAUUUAUAUUUUUUGCAUUAUUUGCUCUAUUAAUGAGCGAAUGAUAUCAUAAAUCAUGUUUUAGCACAUAAUGUGAAUUAAGUUUAUUAUUAAUUAUUUAAACAAAUUUUAUAAUUUAAUUAUCUAUGCCA